AUGGAAUACUCUAAUAACACUCAACAGUGCUCAGAACCGACAACUACUCAACAGUGCUCAAAACCGACAACCACUCAACAGUGCUCAGAGCUGACAACUACUCAACAGUGCUCAGAACCGACAACUACUCAACAGUGCUCAGAACCGACGACUAUUCAACAGUGCUCAGAGCUGACAACCACUCAACAGUGCUCAGAACCGACAACUACUAAACAGUGCUCAGAACCGACAACUACUCAUCAGUGCUCAAAACCGACAACCACUCAACAGUGCUCAGAGCUGACAACUACUCAACAGUGCUCAGAACCGACAACUACUCAACAGUGCUCAGAACCGACGACUACUCAACAGUGCUCAGAGCUGACAACCACUCAACAGUGCUCAGAACCGACAACUACUAAACAGUGCUCAGAACCGACAACUACUCAUCAGUGCUCAAAACCGACAACCACUCAACAGUGCUCAGAGCUGACAACUACUCAACAGUGCUCAGAACCGACAACUACUCAACAGUGCUCAGAACCGACGACUAUUCAACAGUGCUCAGAGCUGACAACCACUCAACAGUGCUCAGAACCGACAACUACUAAACAGUGCUCAGAACCGACAACUACUCAUCAGUGCUCAAAACCGACAACCACUCAACAGUACUCAGAGCUGACAACCACUCAACAGUGCUCAGAACCGACGACUACUCAACAGUGCUCAGAACCGACAACUACUAAACAGUGCUCAGAACCGACAACCACUCAACAGUGCUCAGAACCGACAACUACUCAACAGUGCUCAGAGCUGACAACCACUCAACAGUGCUCAGAACCGACAACUACUCAACAGUGCUCAGAGCUGACAACCACUCAACAGUGCUCAGAACCGACAACUACUCAACAGUGCUCAGAGCUGACAACCACUCAACAGUGCUCAGAACCGACAACUACUCAACAGUGCUCAGAGCUGACAACCACUCAACAGUGCUCAGAACCGACAACUACUCAACAGUGCUCAGAGCUGACAACCACUCAACAGUGCUCAGAACCGACAACUACUCAACAGUGCUCAGAGCUGACAACCACUCAACAGUGCUCAGAACCGACAACUACUCAACAGUGCUCAGAGCUGACAACCACUCAACAGUGCUCAGAACCGACAACUACUCAACAGUGCUCAGAGCUGACAACCACUCAACAGUGCUCAGAACCGACAACUACUCAACAGUGCUCAGAGCUGACAACCACUCAACAGUGCUCAGAACCGACAACUACUCAACAGUGCUCAGAGCUGACAACCACUCAACAGUGCUCAGAACCGACAACUACUCAACAGUGCUCAGAGCUGACAACCACUCAACAGUGCUCAGAACCGACAACUACUCAACAGUGCUCAGAGCUGACAACCACUCAACAGUGCUCAGAACCGACAACUACUCAACAGUGCUCAGAGCUGACAACCACUCAACAGUGCUCAGAACCGACAACCACUCAACAGUGCUCAGAGCUGACAACUACUCAACAGUGCUCAGAACCGACAACUACUCAUCAGUGCUCAGAGCUGACAACUACUCAACAGUGCUCAGAACUGACAACUACUCAACAGUGCUCAGACAUGACAACCAAUGAACAGUGCUCAGAACCGACAACCACUCAACAGUGCUCAGAGCUGACAACUACUCAACAGUGCCCAGACCUGUCUACCACUCAACAGUGCUCAGAACUUGUGUUUUCUGAUUUGUGUGUUCAAAUAAAGUCUACUAAAAUAUUAAAAGAUGUAUCCGGAUCAGCAAGAAGUGGAGCCAUGUUGGCUGUGAUGGGACCGAGCGGUUCAGGGAAGACAACUCUUCUACAUUCUCUGGCCGGAAAAGUCAAUAUUAUAUCCGGGGACAUAGCUCUUAAUGGAUCACCAUUUAACAAGCAACAGCGCCGUCGUCUUGGUUACGUGAUGCAGGACGAUGUUCUCCUUUCCAACCUGACGUUGUGGGAAACACUUUAUUUUACAGCCAUGGUACGAGUGUCGGACAGAAUUCCUAAGCAGGAGAAGUUGGAUCAAAUACAAAAGAUUGUCACAGCUCUUAAACUUCAGCACUGUCUCAAUACAGUAAUUGGAGACAUAUUCCAGAGGGGGUUAUCAGGAGGGGAGAGGAAAAGGACGCACAUAGCGUGUGAGUUGUUGACAGAUCCGGACAUAUUCCUCGUAGAUGAGCCAACGUCCGGUUUAGACUCGAGUACUGCACACAGUCUGAUGGUACAACUGAAGAACUACGCCACGGAGUACAACAAGACUAUAGUGGUCACCAUUCACCAGCCCUCCAGUAAAAUCUUCCACAUGUUCUCCUCGUUACUGCUGCUGGUGGAGGGCCAGGUUUGA